AUGUUAUAAAUAAAAUUUGAUAAGUGGAUUAAAAUAAGAAUUGGUGAACCUAUUACUGCUUUUGAUGUAGAUAGUAAUAUGAUAAUUUUCGGAUCUAUAAGUGGGUAUAUUGGAUAAUACCUAUACAAUUAAAAUGAAUUGAGAUACAUUCCAGAUGUAUUAGAAGAGAUCAUUAGAGGAGUGAGUAUAUAAUUAUUUAAAUGAAAGCUAUUGAAUAAUAGGAUAGAGUAUAUAUAGUAGUGGGAGAUGUCUAUGGUUACAUAUUUGAUUAUUAAAUGAGGGGAAGUCAUUAAUGGAAAUUUGAAAGAACCCAUUCACCACCACUUUGUAGUUCUACAUUAUCUUUAUGUUAUAAAACGAAAGCAUUGUUGUUAUCAGUAGCACCAACAUAGAAUAAAGACAUUGGAGUAGACAUAUCAACUAAAAAGAAUAGUUUAUAUCUAUUUGAUCUUUAAACUUAAGAGAAUAAUACAUUUUAUGUUGAUAUGCCAUUACUAUAAGUUCCAUUUGAUUUCAAAGGAGAUCAAUUAUUAAUGUUAGAAUAUUUGAAGGAAGCAAAAAAGAAAUUGUCAAUUUUAUAUUUGAAUAAUUAACCUUAAGUGAACAUCUUAUUAGAUAUUGAUCCAAAGAUUGAAUAUAUAUCACAUGGCAGAUUUACAUAAAAUGGAAUCUUGUUUGUAGAAAAUCAUAAGAUUGUUAAAAUCUAUAAUCCACUAGAUAAGUAAUCAAAAGUCAUCAAAAUAACUAAACAAUAAAUUGUAGCUCUAGAUUAUCAUGAUAAUGAAAUAACUCUUUUGGAAUAUGAUGGAACAGUCACAUGUUUGGAAAAUGAAAAUUAAAAAGUUCAUUUUAAUAUUUUGAAGUAUUUACUAAUAUUAUAUUUUUAAGGGUUGUACAGAUCCCUUAAGAAUUAGUCAAACAUAAAUAUCUCUUUGAUAUGGGAUAUCCAUAUUACAUAAAGAAAAGAGAAAAGAGAAUCGUUAUUUCUCAUGAUUUGGGUUUGCUCUCUUUUACUUUAUUAAUGUGA